UUAACUCAAUGCAGUGCCAUUUUUUAAAAAAAUGAUGUUCAUAUUGGAAUAAAGAUUAAACAAAACAAAACAAAAAGUUACAGAAAGUGAAAAGGAAGGUACAGCUCUUAUAUAAAAGGGUUGUGGAAGGGUUCCUUUUCAAGACCAACACACAUUCCUUCUCUCUUUUCUCUUCUUCCUUCAACUAGAGAAAAUAAUAUAAACCUAACACUGAUUAAUUUGUGUAUACAUAAGGUACUAUAGAGAAACAUAGGAAAGAUGAACACAUCAAAGAGCAAGAAGAAGCAAGAAGAGGCUGGUACAAAGUUUCUUGGGGUGAGGAGGAGGCCUUGGGGAAGAUACGCAGCUGAGAUUAGAGACCCAACAACCAAGGAGCGUCACUGGCUUGGCACUUUUGAUACCGCCGAGGAAGCUGCCUUGGCCUACGAUAGAGCAGCUCGGUCCAUGCGUGGCACUCGCGCCCGAACCAACUUUGUCUACUCAGACAUGCCUCCUUCCUCUUCCGUCACUUCCAUCAUUUCUCCUGACGAUCCAACUCCAACUCCUCCUCCGCCUCCUCCUGCUGCUACUCCUUGCUCUGACGAUCCUGUUGAUUACCUGAUGAUGUUUAACCAAUAUUCAUCCACAGACUCGCCAAUGCUGCAGCCAGCUCAAGUGGAGAGUAGUUACAUGUUUGGUGGCUCUCCUUCUUGUUAUUCUAAUAGCAGCAGCGAGCUGCCUCCUCUGCCGAGCGACCUAUCAAAUUCUUGUUACAGCCAACAACCGUGGAGCGUGGAAGACUACUCAUCAGCUACCUAUUUCGAGGGUGAGUACGUUCACAGCCCAAUGUUCAGCACAAUGCCAUCUGUUUCUGACUCUUUGCCUCAAGGCUUCAACCAUUUCGGCUCCUAUAAUUAACCUCUUCUCAUAUAUAUUCUAUUCUUUUCUCAUUUGUACCUUUUUUAUAUUUCAUUAUGUUUCUCCGUCCUUGAUCUUUGUCUAAGAUCAAAGUGACUGUUUGUAUUAUCUAGUUUUUCAAUAAUAAGUU